GCUGGAAAUGCUGAUACUGCUGUAUGUCCUGAAUGCAAUGAACCUUUCCGACAAUUGUUGUUGUACCGACAACAUGUUUAUCGACACACACAUCCCCUUUCAUGUGCACAUUGUCAUCGUUCAUUCCGGACAUUGCAAGAAAGAGGUAAACAUGUGUGCCUUGAUCUCUUGGAACAAUGCUGUCAAUGUGGUCAUCGAUUUGGAACUGUGCCGCAGCUUGAGAGGCAUGCAUUGACACAUGGAGUUCCCCAUUACCAUUGUUAUGAAUGUGGCCGUUCUUUCCAUCUCAUGACUGAUUUUAAACAUCAUCGCUGUUUUGAAUUGGGCCUUAAAUAUCUACGUCGUGCUCCAAAGAAAGACAAUCCAUCUGUUACCUCUGUUGUUUCAUCAUCCUCUCUGAAAAGAAGUAUGAAUUCUAGUCAGCGUUCUCAGUCGGAUGAGGUUCUUAUGUGUGAAAUUUGUGGUGAGGUUUAUAAAUCAAAGUGGGCCCUGAAAGCACAUCAUCUUUUGCAUGGAGAACGUAAAGUGGAGUGUGGUGUCUGUGGCAAACGCUUUCAUCGUAAAGAUGUUCUCAUGGAACAUAUGUAUAAACAUGAGGAAGCACAGUUGCGAUGCACCAUCUGCAACAAAUUAUUGAAGUCAAAAAAGUCUUUGGAUGCUCAUAUACGUCAACAACACAGUAAUCAAAAGCAAUUUAUCUGUUCGCAAUGCGGCAAGGAAUUCCAUCAAAAGAUGAACUUGCAGAGACACAUGAAAAGUCACGAGAAGUCUCAGCAAAAGCGACAGUCUGUUAACUGCACUCUCUGCGGACAAAACUUUCAAUUUUCCAAAGAACUUGCUAAACAUAUGGCAGAGCAUGCAGAGACUCCUGGAUUUCAGUGUACCCUUUGUGAUCGCACAUUUAUUAAGGAAAGGAGCUUAAGUCAACACAUGAAACUCCACCGAGCUCGAUCUCAUGCUUCACGAGGAUUCUCAUGUCCAGCCUGUGGACAUACUCUCAAACAUCGCAAUUCUCUUCGACGCCACAUAAUUAAAAAUCACCCAGAAUUAACUUAUGGAAGGAAGGUGAUGUCUGAAGAUCAAGAGGAUCCUAAUAACAUAAUAGGACAACCUCAAAGUCCAGAGGUUCUCCUGACUGUUUCUCAGUUGCAACUAACUACUGAUGGAGUUCAGCAGGUCUCUCUCCCUGAAGAGGUUCCAGUUGAAAAUGCAUGUCUACUUGAGGAGGGAGCUAUGGAUUGCCCUGAAGAAAUGGUUUUGUAUGUUCUUCAGGAGCCUUUGUCCUGCCUUCCACUGCAAGAACCUUCAUCAUGACUUUAAUAAAGACUGUCACUGAUGGUUUUUGAAGUGUAAAGUAAAUAGAACAUUCAAUCAUGUUUAUAUUCAACUUCAACGUGCAAUUAUGUAUAUUUUUUAUAAUCAUUUGAAACAAUACUGUGUUACGUGGAACAUUUGUUCCAUUUUCUGUGUUUGUUACAUUUUGUUUGAACUUUUGUUUUGUGAAAGAAAUGUUAUGAUUUGCCUUAAUUUUGCCUCUAACUGUACAUACAUUUUCUCUCUGUCCUUGUGACUGCAAAUUAUCAUGUGAGAAAAAAUUAACUACAUGAACAUCCUACACAAAGGUAUAUUCUUCACUUUGUUUGCCAGCUAGUGAAGAGCAUUAUUGUAGCUUUAAUAAAGAAAUUGUGUAUUAUCCUGAAA